AUGUGGCAGGAGUCCUCACGAGCGUUGGGCAAGUACGUAAAGUUUGGCGUCAUUUCGGUUCGGGGGAGGAGCGGUAAAGACGCUCUGAAGAAGCUACCCAUCAAUGUGAAGAUUUUCCCGGCGAUUCUGCUGCUGACUGCUGGCAUGCACCCGGAACAAUACCCAAACCUCUCGCGGCCGUCUGUAGAAUCCAUCAACCGGUUCAUCGCCGAUGCUUUCCCAACCACCCUUGAUGUUGUCGAGAGCGCACGAGGUUUGAAGUCCUGGUUGGCAUCUUCGUCUUUCUCGCAGCCGCUGGCUGCGCAGUACAAGGCGGUGAUCAUUCCUUCUGCCGCCUCUGCCAGCAAACCGUCCUUGUUGGUGAAGCAUGCGGCGUUCUCGAAUAGGCACCUGUUUAAUUUCUGUUUCGUUGCAAACACGCGAGCCGUGUUGACGAGCGAGAAGGAGGAGUUGCUUGCUGUUCUUAAGAACCCCCCAACAUGGGUCAAACAGCUGCCCUCGGACAGCACAGCAGCGAAGGCGCUGAGGCUGCCGGUGCACUCAGAGGAACUUAAGGUAGGAGACUUUGUCUCAAGUUCAAAUGUCCUGCUCUUCGCGGACGAAGGCAGAGGCGUCUCCCGCAUGCAAGCCAUCCUGCAAACCGCCCGAUCUAAACUCCUCAACCCGUCGACUGCUCUCUCCUUGUCCCUGGAUCGGUUCAAGGCAAGCGUUGAGCCCUUUCUUUAUCAGCAAAACAGCACUUCUCUCUGCAAGGGGUCGCUUCAGAGACGAGUGUAUUGCCUUGUUGCUGUCGAGCCAGAGGAAGGAACCAGCGGUGGGGACCGGACGAAAUCUGUGAAGACGCUCGACUUGUCACGGAUAAGGCAGCUGUUGCAGGUUUCCAAGCAGAAUUAUCUUAAAGAAAAUCCACGGAAGAACUUGGAAGCCGUUUGGGAGCGGGCGGUGCAGAAGGCGAGAGAUUACGAAAAGUUAAAUCCUCCGCAGGGGGACGUUGAAUUGGGCGACUCAAACAUUUCUACAAAGGAGCACGACGAUCUGCACAUCGAGCAGCCAGACGACGUAGAAGAAGAGAUAAUUCAUGUGCAGCUGGUUAGUAGUGUCAUCGUGAUUUUCCCAUGGCGACCCGCUGCAGUGCCAUCUCUUCCGGGUCUGCCUAAAGAUAGUCAGUUCAGACGUCUUCUGAAUGAGGAGUUAGAAGGUGCACCAAUCUUCUUGCUCGACUUAGAAGGCUCUCGCGUAGCACCAGUGCCUGCUUUGUAUGUGGGGGAGACUGGCGCCGCCUCUGGGGAAGGAGCUGAAGGACUAUAUUCACGCCUUUAUCAGAUACUUGAUGAACUACAAACCGCUACAGAUGAUGACGACGAAGCGAAGAUUGCUUUUUCAGAGCUACCCGAGUACUGCUCAGGACAAGAGUUUGCAAAGAGGUGUCUGGCCACUCGGCUUGUUAGUAGCCGUGGGAGGGUUUAUCUUCGUCGCCUGGAACAAGAUUACCGCGGAGUCUACUUGCAAGGUAUUUCCCUUAUGCGGUCUCAGAAAUUCGUCUGCGCCAUGCUCCUCUUUUCUCUUGGGAUUGGCGCCUGGUCCUCCGUUCAGCCGAUCCUCUCGUCUCUGUUUGGCGGCAAGUGA